AAAGAAGCAGCUGUUACUAUCUUUUUCUACUCCUUUAGAAUAGAGCUUUUACCGAAGGAGGACGUGUGUCUUCAACUUUCCUAUUGAGGAGCGAUGCAACUGGGUUUCUUGCUUUUACUGGCGUCGAUAACACAAGUCUCAUUUCAUCAGACUACUCCCCAAAAUGUCACUUCAAACUCGAUCCCGUGGACCGAACUGUUGACCAAGAGCAAGCAUCAAGUAUUUAGCGGACAUGGGGCGAAGGACAAGAAAAACAGGACAGUAAGAGAAGAAAGCAAUAAACAGCUCGGAAUGGAGCCACAGCAAGGGAAGAAAAGGCAAAAGAAGAGAAAUGCCACCUUUGGGAAACGUGGAGAAAUUAUGGGAUUGUUUGACGUCUGCGAAGGAAACGUUGCCAUUGACUACGAAGCUUCCGCCUAUGUUUACACCCGCAACAGCUUGCAGCGAAAAAUGUGCAAACAAGUAUUGAAGACACCCAUAGGUACCGAGGUUGGCUUCUCGUGUUUAACCUUCAACCUUAGCAGGGAUGGCUGCAAAAACGAAUACUUGGAGCUUAACUUCAAAUUUGAUGGACAAAAUGCAAAACGUAAGUACUGCGCAAGCGAUGGGCCAAAGAACAUAAUUGUGCCAACAAACAAAGUACUGUUAAAAUACUUUCACCGUGAUAAUGACUGGUGUUCCCAAGGAUUCCUUUGCGAAGUUCAUACAGUUGGAGGCGUGAGAAGGCCCUACUGCAACGGCUGUGGGAUUGCCCCGAUCAGCGUAGACAACAAAAUCGUCGAAGGGGCUCCAGCGGCUGCCAAGGAAUACCCGUUUCAAGUGAGGGUGAGGCACAGGACGGACGGGCGAGUAUACGUUUGUGGCGGGACCAUCGUCAAGAAGAGAUGGGUUCUCACUGCCGCGCAUUGCCUCUUUGAUAAAAACGAGAAAAUAGCGACGAGUGUGGAAGUAGGUUAUGGCUCUAUCAGUAUCGAUAGCCUGACUUUCGUUACGGCAUUGAAAUUCAUCGCUCAUCCAGAUUACAACAAUAAAACGUUUGCCAACGACAUCGCGGUGGUGCAGCUUCCGGAACCGCUGCCAUAUGUGAAGAACGACAGCAUUCAGCCCGUGUGCCUAGCGUUGGAAAGCGAUAUUCCGUUCAGAGGGAAAGUUGUGGCGACGGGGUGGGGUCACACCUCCUUCGAUGGCACCUCACCAUCAACUUUGCAUGAGGUCCAAUUGGAUCUCAUAUCAAUAAGUGACUGUGAAGUGCUGAUUCGAUUACCGCCUGAUUCUAGCAAGGUCUUGUGUGCUCUUACGCCCUACAAGGACACUUGCCAUGGUGACAGCGGCGGCCCUCUGUUGACAGAGCUCGAAGACGGCAGGUGGGCUCAGGUAGCUCUUACCAGCUAUGGCAUCGAAUGCGCUCGACCACAGUAUCCUGGCGUCUAUACCAAGGUCUCGGCUUAUGUGGAUUGGAUCUCCCAAAAUACGGGGGGAACAGAUUGUAAUUCCUUUUGACUGGACUUACCCUUCGACGUGCAGCCUCACGAGUACUAUACAUUAACAUCGACGUUUAUACUUAUACUGUAUUAUGUAAACCACUCCUCAACGAGAACAGUGAUUCUCUUUAUAAUGCUGUAGUCUACACCAGUUCAACAACGGCUUUCAUCGAGUAUAUCAUCACCAAGUUGAUGAGAUUUUUCGAGCACAAGGAACCAAGGGAACACAGAUUGUAUAUUCGAUUAAACAUUAUGAAUUUUA